AUGAGAAAUUCAAGACAUAAAAAAAAUAAUUCAAUAUUUGAUGAUACAGAACAUGAAACAGAAUCUGACAAUUUUUUUAGUGAAGUGGAAUUAAGAAGAAGAGUUGGGAAUAAGAAAGAAUUUUAUGAAGAUAAUCAAAUCAAAGAAAUAAACAAGAAUGAGAGUAAUGAAAAUAAAAAAAUAGACGGAACUUGUUCAGGAACCAAUAAAACUGAUAAACAUAGUAAUUUAUUCACAAAUAGCCAUAAAAAUAAUAAUGGGGAUCUAAAUUGGGUAACUAGAACUAUUUGGACUAUAAUUUUAUUAUCAUCAUUCUUAGUAAUACUUGCAGCUGGACAUACUUAUUCAGCAAUUCUUGUACUUGUAUUAAUUUCAGCAGUAUAUCAAGAAGUUAACUCUCUUAAAAAAAGUGCAGAAGAAGAUAAACGCCUUCCAUUUUUUUAUACUCUACGUUGGUAUUGGUUAGGAGUAACAUUGUUUUCAACAGGAAAAUUAUGGUGGGUUCCUUUAAUUGAAAAAUAUAGAAGAAAUUAUUAUAUAUUAUAUUUAAUAGUUUAUUACCACUCUUUGAUAAGUUAUAUUGGAGCUUUAUUUGGAUUUAUUGCUUUUAUAUUGUCCUUAAGAAAUUAUACACUUAGAUACCAGUUUUCUCAAUUUGGAAUAAUGAUUCUAAGUCUUCUACUUGUUGUAACACAAUCGGUUUUUAUGAUUGCAAAUGCUUAUAGAGGACUUUUUUGGUUUAUUCUUCCUUCUUGUCUUGUUAUCUGUAAUGACAUAUUUGCCUAUAUUAUUGGUAAAAUCUUUGGAAAAACCCGGCUUUAUAGGCUUUCUCCAAAAAAAACUGUUGAAGGAUUUGUUGGAGCCUCUAUUAUCACUAUUUUUGCUGCAAUAAUUCUUGGUAAUAUUCUUUCCAAAAAUCAGAUAUUUAUUUGUCCUCAAAAUGAAUUACUUGAAAAACCUUUUUCAAUGUGGUAUAAAUUAAGAUGCGAUCCAAAUCCUGUAUUUCUCCCAAAACCAUAUAAUAUUCCACCCGUAUUGAAAUUCAUCUUUGGAAAAGACCAUAUUUAUAUUUCAGAUUCACAAUUACAUGCUAUAGUCAUUGGAGUAUUUACUGCUUUUGUUGCUCCUUUUGGUGGAUUCUUUGCAUCGGGUCUUAAAAGAGCCCUUAGAAUUAAAGAUUUUGGGUCUGCUAUACCCGGCCAUGGUGGAAUCACUGACAGAUUUGAUUGCCAAAUUCUUACUGGUGUUUUUACUUAUUUAUAUAUUCGUGCCUUUAUAUUUACCAAUCCUAAGUCAGUAUCUUUGGAUCUUGUCAUAAAAUUAGCUAAAAUGCUACCAGAACCAGAAAUUCAGCAUCUUAUUUCAGUAUUAUCUGACCAUAUAUCAGUCUAA